GCGGUCAUCGGAGGUUUGGAAGGGGCAGAGAUCUCCUUCCGGUGCAUCCGUAGCAUUUAGUUGGUUUAGUCAGUUGACAGGGUCAGAUGACUUCGUGAGUUCGGAACGUUGGCAGCAGUCUUUAUCUGUAACCGUGCGGAUUAUGAUAUUUGGUGAAUACCAGAGACGAAGAGAAGAAUAUUGGAGGGGAGUAAUUAGAAAAUACCGCGCGUGGUUUUGCAACGUGAAAUUUGCACAUCGUUCGGUUUGCAGCGGUUCAUUUUCCUUCGUUUAUUCAAGUUGCACUUUUCUUUCAAUCCUCCUUCACCCAAGAUGCAUUGCAAGUCAUUCCCACACCGAGUAUCAAUUAUAAUCCUGGUAACAGUAAUUGCAAUGAUUGACAAUUCGUCGUCUAAAAUCACGGAUGAUGCGACGGAUGCGACAACGGUGAUGGCGUACUGUCCAGAUUUGAGACCACAACAUUCAUUCAAUUGGACACAGAUAGAGGGACAAUGGUACGCGGUGGAGGUGGUGAAACACAAAUUCGAAAACGUCGGGCCGAUGCAUUCAGGUCGGGUUUCCGUGAAGACGUGCCCCGUAAUCAAUCUCCGACUUACCGGGUCAGAUGACGGCUGGAGCCACAGGAGCUUGAGGCUCCUCUGGACUGAGGAUGCCGGGAAUCUCGACUAUUCGUUUUACGUGCCCUCGGACAUUGAGCCUGGACAAUGGAAAUCAAAGGAUCAGCAGAACGGAACGCUUCUGGCCAAAGGAUACGUUCAAUUCGUCGGCGGUGUUCAAGUGAUGAAAGCGACCGAGUCGCACCUCGUCCUAACAUUUUGUUCAACCACGGCUGACAAUCAGUUGUACACGGUGAUAUUGUCCCGUGAACGUGAGCUGCCGCCAGAGGAGAUACAGAGUAUCGAGACCCUCCUCGCAAUAUGGCGUGGAUUGAACAACGUAAUGAUUAAACAGACUUGCGCUAAUUCGGGGAGCAGGGAUCACCGUUUCAGCGUUUACUCUCCAUUGGCAUUGGCCAUUGUCACCAUCCUAGUCACCGUUUCUCACACGGCAAUCGCUCAAGCUGCCAAUUUCAUGUGUUGUAUAUAGUAGUUUUAUUGUUAUUGUUAUGAUUUAUAGCAUACGGCUGUUUAUAUAUAGAUACUAUUAUAUAAAUACAAAUACGGAAUCACCCGCGGUUUGAUCUUAUGUAUUUGAUAAAGGAUCUUUCGUUUUCUUUUUAAAAGAAGUAUUCACGAAAAAGUGCUUAUUUAUGCAAGAAUGUGUUGUAAUUCAACAGUGAUCGUAUCGAUGUAUAUUGUAAUAUUAUGUUAUACGAUUGAUCGUUCAAAAGUAUAUUUUUUACUUAU